AUGGAUAAAGUAUGUCAACAUUGUCAGGCAUUGAAAUUUCGGAAUGAAGCAGCCGGCAUGUGCUGCGCAUCAGGAAAAGUUGUACUGUCACCUCUACCCGCUCCGCCGGAGCCUUUAUUAUCCCUUCUUACUGGCAAUUCAGAUGAUUCCAAAUUAUUUUUGCGUAAGAUACGCAAAUUUAAUUCUUGCUUCCAAAUGACGUCAUUUGGGGCAACUAAAAUUUGCGAUCGUGCAUCCGAUGGACGUAAUUUUGAAACUACAUUCAAAAUUCAAGAGCGUGUGACGACUCGGUGCCUGUAUAAUUUUAUUGAACAAGCAGAGGAAAGAGCAAUUGUGAAAUUAUUGGAAAAUUUUUUAGAAGAUCACAAUCAACUACUUCAAUUGAUCAAAAGAGUUUCGCCACGACUGCAAAAUGACAAAUAUCAAAUCGUCAUAAAAGCCGACAAAGUACCAUUAGGUGAACAUGCUGGUAGAUUCAACGCUCCAACUGUUGAUGAGGUUGCUGUUAUCAUGGUUGGUGAUCCAGUUGACAAAAGAUCUAUAAAAAUUACACGGCGAGACAACACUGUCAGUACGAUUUCGGAUCUACACCGUUCAUAUGACGCACUACAAUAUCCAUUGAUAUUUUGGCAAGGACAAGAUGAAUAUCACCUUAAUAUCAAACAGUAUGAUCCAAAUACCGGUGAUUACAGAAAUAAUAAAGUUAGCUCAAUGAACUACUACGCACACCGAAUAAUGGUUAGACAACAUCAAGACAAUUAUAUCCUUCGAUAUCGUCAGCUGUUCCAUAAAUACAUUGUUGAUGUGUAUGCUAAGGUUGAAAGCGAACUCUUGCGAUUCCUUCGAUUUAACCAGGCAAAACUACGAUCGGAAGAAUAUAUUCACUUACGAGAUGCUGUUGCUGGAAAAAUCGAUGGAAAUUUAAAUCCCAAUGACAUCGGUAAUGCUUUCAUUUUACCUUCAAGCUACAUCGGCAGUCCACGGAACAUGCAGGAAUACAUACAAGAUGCGAUGACUUACGUACGUCAUUACGGCCGACCGGAUUUAUUUAUUACAUUCACAUGUAAUCCGAAUUGGGAAGAGAUACAAACUUUACUAUUGCCAGGACAACAAGCCAUUCAUCGUUAUGAUUUAACUGCACAGUGGCAAAAGCGAGGUUUGCCUCAUGCCCACAUUUUGGUUUGGCUUAAAGAUAGAAUCCGUCCUGAAGAAAUCGAUCAAAUAAUUUCAGCCGAAAUUCCAGACCCAUUAAUUGAUCAAGAAUUAUUUGAUAUUGUCACCAAACACAUGAUCCAUGGGCCAUGCGGUGCUUUCAACAUGACGUCACCGUGCAUGGAAAAUGGAAAAUGUAAAAAAAACUUCCCAAAGCCGCAUACGAAUGACACGAUCACGGAUAUUGAUGGUUAUCCAAUGUAUCGCCGCAGAAGUACUGAGAAUGGUGGCCACACAUUUACAAUGCGACUGCCGAACUUUCCAAAUCAAGUUGAGUUUGAUAAUCAGUGGGUGGUACCAUACUCACCACUACUUUCAAAAACUUACAAAGCUCAUAUCAAUGUUGAGCUUUGCAGUUCUGUUAAAUCAAUUAAGUAUAUUUGA